GGAAAGAAAGGAAAGGAUGUAUUUGUUUUCCAUUGCAAUAUUUGAAAAUGAAGGAAGACUUCAUAAAAGGGCAAGAUUUAAUAGAAGAGUUGAAUAGUCGCAUUGGUACACUCGAAGCAGAGGCACUGCUGCAUUGGACAAAUGUUGCUGAUAAAAGGGAUGAAAAGGAAGAUUACAAUAUCACACAUAGAAAAAGAGAGGCAACAGCAGCAGUUCAAGCUGGAAAUGUCUAUGGCCGAGAUGGUAGAGAUGGACUGAUGGGGCCAACUGGCCCACCAGGACCUCCUGGACCACAAGGACCAGCAGGAAGGGAUGGAAGGGACGGACUGAGUGGCCACGGACAAUGGAACAAUGAAAUAAGCCACUUGCUGGAACAGUUCCAUCAUGAUAUAACUUACAAUAAUAGAACCUCUGGUGUACAAGGUCCCCCAGGACCACCUGGUCCCUCAGCGGGGGGUGCAGUGUAUGUGAGGUGGGGAAGGACAACCUGUCCAGAUACAGCUGAGAAUGUCUAUUCGGGUAUAAUGGGGAAAUCAUUCUUUGACCAAAUAGGAUCAGGAGGCAACUAUCUGUGUCUACCCAGGGAACCUGAGUGGGGGAAGACCACAGCUGGUGAACAGUCUGAGGCACUUAUUUAUGGAGUUGAGUAUGAAGUCAAUCAUGGUAGCAACCCAUUCCUUACAGACAAUUUUCCUGACCCCACCAAACCAGCUACUUGGCUUCAUGACCAUGAUGCAGUAUGUGUUGUGUGCAGGGUACCUGAGAGGAGCAGUCACUUUAUGCUCCCUGCAAUGAAAUCCUGCCCUGAAUCCUGGACCAAGGAAUACAAUGGAUACCUGAUGAGUGAACGUGAGAAUCAUCAAAAGUCUGAAUUUAUAUGCAUUGAUGAAGCACCUGAAGCUGAUGCAGCAGGUCAUGAGAACAAAAAUGGAGGCCUGGUGUAUGUGGUGGAAGCCAAGUGUGGCUCCUUACCCUGCCCGCUAUCAAAACAACAUGGAACUAACAUGUGCUGUUUGUAC